CCUUCGAAGAAUCUAUCGAUUAUACGAGAAUAGACUCUGGUUCCUAAGUAGUAAUGUUAAAUAAGACUGUUUUUCUUCUCGUUCUAUGGAUUGGGUUUUCAAUAGAAGAUGCUGAUGGAGCUUGUGAUCUAAAAUUCAUAAAGAUUGGUUGCUUCAAAGAUGAUCAAAUCGAACCUCGUCCUCUUCCAGAGCUACUUUUCAAUGAUCGUGACGGAUCAAGUGGACAAGAGAUAGACUGGAAGAACUGGGACAAGUAUGUUGAUGACAUCACGUGUCGGUGCGCAAAGGCAGCAGCUAAAAAUAGAUUUGGAUAUUUUGCUUUACAGUUUUAUGGUGAAUGUUGGUCCGGUCAAGAUGCUGGUGCGUCCUUUCCCCGUGCAGGGAGAAGUUCUCACUGUGUUUCUAAAGGAUUUGAAAAAUGUGCAGAGAGAUCAAGGAAGAACUGUGUCGGGGAGAGCCUUUCUAACUUCGUGUAUAUGAUGUUGGCACAUGAAAGUCUUUGCCACGUCAAAUACGAGAAAGUUGGUUGCUAUAACAACAACCGCGCGUUUCCUAUUCUUUUGUUCACGGACAGCAACUCAAACUCGCCCAAAUACAGCAACGUGUCUCUCGACUUGUCACAUUGGAACUCGUACAUCAUGGAUCUGACAUGUAGAUGUGCUGCAAAAACCAAGGAGCACAACUACAAAUACUUCUCGCUGCAAAAUUUUGGCGGGGGGAAAUCAUCGCGACCACGAGCUCGUAUGAAGAAGAAACUAUGCUGUGGAGGAUUGGCAGGUAUCGAUAGUUCUCGAAAGAAUCUACCCGACUGGAUGAUCGCCAUUUUGAUAUUUCUCGGAGUGAUUGCUCUGUAUAUGAUGUACGCUCUAACGAGGUGGAUUUAUGUGAAAAGACUUCAAGGAACACUGUUCAGAUACCGAAAAGAGAUCGAUCGAAGCGAAACUAGUGAUGUUGUUUCACAUGUAUGAAUUCCAACCUGGGAAAGCACUGCACAAUCUCCAUUACUUUAUUCUCUCUCUUGCUGUCAGACAACUUUAUAUCAUGGGGAAAGAGCGAUAUUUCUUUUUAUGAAUCUUAUAUAUCAGUGAAUCAGCAAGAGAGUGAUCAAAUAUGAGGUAAGACCAAGCCAGCGAACAAUUAAUGAAUCAUCAACAGAAAAAUAUGAAGCCAAAAAAUGCUAGAAUUUAUAGAAAUUUGUUCGGAGUCAGUUAACAUCAUGUGCUACUAUAAUAACUAAAGCUUGGAAGAAUGGGAAAUGCUUUAAAAGGAAAUGUAACUUCACAGUGGAUACAUCUGAUGGCAUAAUCCAUGUAUAAGGUUUUUGUUUUGGAAGCGCCAUACGUCGUCGUCCUUCACAGCUGAUUACGCCAGCCAACAACUUAAAGGGUGUGUCUUCACUAAUUUAAUUCGGACCAAUAUUUCAACCAUGAAUUUCAUUUUCAAGAGAAUGACACGUGGCCUGAAAUAUGAAAACUACACGCCCAGCUAAAUUUUUUUCUGAACCGAUAGGACUUUUUGUUCACAGAGAAAAUAAUAGAACCUUUGUUGAAUGUUCGGCACGUCAUGUGAUAACCAAGCUCAUCCAAUCAAAAUGCUUGAGCACCUCACGUGAUAGCUCUGAUUAUCUAAUAAUGAUGACUAGGUCACGUGAUUCCUAACCAUCCAAUUAGAAUGAUGGGGUACACUGCCUCAUUUUCUAUAAUUACCUACAUUAUCGAACGCCAUUGAUUCUAAAUUUGUUUUGAAAUUUUGAAAAUAGGAUAUUUUUUUGUAGAUA